AUGUAUGGCGAAAGCGUCAGUACGCCGAGCCCCAAGGCGGCCAUGGGCAUGUACAAGUGCAGGGCGCACAUGGUCUUAGUAGGGGCGUUCCUCAUCCACCUAACUCUGGGAAGCCUUCACGCGUUUGGAAAUAUCGCCCCCCUGAUCAUUGCCUACAUGCGCGUUUUGCAGCCGUCUUCUUCGAUUCGAUAUCAUGAUGGACUGGUCUUGUACGUAUCCGCCGUCCUGGUUCAGGGCAUUGCGGGUUUCUUUGGUGGUAGACUCCAUAGGGCCCUUGGCCCCUCCAAGGCGACUCUUCUAGGAGGAUCUAUAAUGAGCAUUGGACUUGUUAUGUCUGCCCUGACGCUGCACAGUUGUUUCCUGUUUUGCCUUUCCUUCGGCGUUGUAACGGCCAUUGGCAGCGGCCUUUGCUACCCGGUGCCGCUGACGUGCGCCCUUGAGUGGCAGCCGGACCGGAAGGGUGCUGUUAGCUGCGUGAUCUUCCUUGGCCGCAGCCUAUCCGUCUGCCUCCUGUGUCCUCUGCACUCCCUGUUCCUCUUCCGUACCUCGCAACACUCGCUGUUGUCAUUUGUAUCGCCAGCUGGAUCACCGUCGGAUAGUUGGGCAGCGCCGGAGGUGUACAUAACGGAUACCGAUGUGCUGCAACGCCUGCCCUCCUUGUUUUUGGUGAUGGCCGGCGGAUGCCUGGCACUCCAGGCAGUAGGGGCCGCAUUGUUGUCGGAUCCUCCCCCCUUGCCACUGGAUGCACAGGAGCGAAGGAAGCUUAUUGAAGAGAUUCGCUCGCCCUCCCCAACGACUGCGGCGUCUCUCCUCUCCUCCUUCGUGCUAACACCCCAGGAUCUGUGCAGCUCGCCUUCAUUUUGGCUCUUGUUCAUGAUGCUGUUCUUCUCCUGGCAAUCAGUCCUUGUAGCAGCAUACAUGUGGAAGAUCGUGCCCUUCGGUUUCAUCCAUAAAGUGCCGUCGAGCUUGUACAUCGACGCCCCGGAUCGCAGCGUUGUGCCAGCAGUGGCAGACGGCCUCUAUAAUUGGCAGUCCAUUACUGACUUGCAGCUCAGCAUUGUCGGCGCAGUGGCAGGCGCUCUAUGUGUAGCCGGGCGUCUGGUCUGGGGCUACAUAGGCAACAAGGCGGGCAACAAGCGCGCACUAAUCAUAAUGAACAUUUGCAUGGCGGCGCUCUUAGUAACGUUCAUGCGCAGCAGUGUAUCCUCACCCCGGAACUUUGCUCUUUGGCUUUCGUUGCUGAACGCUUGCCACGGCGGGCUGUUUUCGCUACUGCCCUCCUUGACGUCGGAUCUGUUCGGCCACAAAAACUUUGGACCAGUCUUCUCCUUGCUCUUUGCGGCGCGCCUCUGUGCUGCUGCCUGCAUCUGCGUUCUGACAAAGGUUGUAAUUGAACUCGCGGACGGCGCUACAUUAUGCCUUGCGCUCGCUGGGUGCCAUGUGCUGUGCGCAGGUUUGGCAUUCGCAUUCCAUCCCACAGAAGCCCUCCCCAACCCGUACAAGUUGGUGAUGACCUGA